AGACAGAGUUACAACACGCAUGGAGAUGAGAAGGGUAUGUAUGGACUUAUCUAACUCUGGGGGAUACGGGGAAUAAGACAAAGUCGGCGUGUUCCUUUAACGUUAACAUGCAGCCUGAAGAAGAUCCACAACCAAGGGGUCUGAGAAUGAAAUCAACCUUAUUAAUGAAAUAUUUAGUAAUAAAAUGAAUCUACUAAGUAUGUAAGCAAAGCCUUCAAUUAGUUCUUUAUUGUCAUUUUGUUUAUUUGUUAACAGUUAUUUGGAUAAUUUGAUUGUAUGUCUGUCUUUUUUCUACAUGUGUGGAUGUGAAUGAUCUGGUUGAGUGAUGCCAUUUUCUCCUGAAUUAUUCUCUGGUUUGAUUGUUAUUUAUAUAUUAUUCCAACAGCCGCAGGAUAAAUAACCUGCAGAUUGUUACCAGUAGUCGUCAUUUGCCCGUUGAAAGCUCCUUCCAAUUUAAAGUUUACUUGAUGUAAAUGAACUCUUAACAUUAAUUUCUCCCUCAGAGUUCUGCGCUGGGUCGUCUUUCCUCUGCAGCGGUACUGAAGCUUUCAAUCUUUCAUCCCGUGCCGUCCAGCAAGAGGAUUUGUACCCACUGUAGAAGUCAUUUCACUUCGCUGACACUUCAGAUACUCCAGUGUCAAAUUCCACAUUAAAGCAGAUGUUGAGCCUGCUGCAGGUAUAUUGAUCCUAUUCAAACACCAGAUCACUAGUGAGGUCCCACACUGAUGUUGGGUGAUAAAGUCUGGAUCCAAUUCAUCCUAAAGGCGUUGGAUAAUGUCAAGAUUCCGGUCAAGUUCUUCCUCACCAAAUUGGGAAACCAUUUCUUCAUGGAGUUGGCUUUGUGCACGGGGGGGCAUCGUCACACAAAGUUGCUGGAGCAUUAAGAUCUUUCUUCAUUGGAACUGAGCGGCCCAAACCAAAGAGCUUAAAUUACCUCGGACACUUUGGUUUGGACUCUUCUGACUGCCGGAGUUGGGGAGAAAUCCUUUUCCAAAUCCCAAACCUCCUCUCAGGAUCCCCAUACCUGCAGGAUUUGGGACUGUUUUUUAUUUUUUUUAUUUUAUUUAUUUUAAUCUUUAAAUGUUUUCAUCCAUGGACUCCUGUUUUCCGCGCACAACACGAGCAGCCCCGCUGUCUCCUGCCCGUCGGCGCGUCUUUUGUCAUUUUAAUGUCGCUGUAAUCACCGCGCGUCUGGCUGAUUGUCGCUAUGCAUUUCAGCGCAAUCUGACAAACUGAGGAGUUUUUUUAUUUUUUUUCUUCUUCCUUUUAUCUCCUGGCUGGAAUAAAGACGAUACGUCUGUGGGAGAAACGUUUUUUUUUUUUUUUCUCUUUUGGAUUGAUUUUGUUAAUUUAAUUCAUCCGUUUUCACCAAAACUCUGACAGUUUUUCGUGAAGAGAAGAACCCCGAGGAUGUUGCUCCGCUGCUUGAACCCUCCCUCCUGGUCCACCUGCAGGUUUUCAUUCUGCUUUUUGUUGCUGCUCCAAACGCCCGGGCCCUCCUAUCCACUAAUUACAGGUACCGAGGCCAGCUGUGAGAACGAAGGAGAAGUCCUCCACAUCCCCAACAUCACCGACAACCCCUGCAUCACCUGCGUAUGUCUGGAGGGGAAGGCAGACUGCAAACAGGAGAAAUGCCCACUGGUCUCUGAGGACUGUGCUCUGGUGGUGAAACAGACCGGAGCCUGCUGCGAGAGGUGUAAAGGUAAGACGGACAGGUGGACAGGUGGACAGGAAGGUGUUGUCACUGAGGCGGAUGUACAGUGUGUGGUCCACUGCAAGAACCCCAAAAUCCACCCCAAGAAGUGCUGCCCCACCUGCCCCAGUUGCAUCUUUGAGGGUCGCCUGUACAAAGAGAAGGAGGAGUUCAGUCCUGAGGGCAAACCCUGCAUCAAGUGCACCUGUACUGGAGGGCGGACUCUCUGCAUGAGGGAGGUGUGUCCUGUCCUUUCCUGCCCCGCCCACCUCAGCCACACCCCGUCUGGACAGUGUUGUCCCAGAUGUCUCGGUCAGAGGAAGGUGUUUGAUCUGUAUUCAGGAAGCUGUUUGUUCCACAGCGAAGUGUACGAGAACGGCACGUCCUUCAUACACGACAACUGCACCACCUGCACCUGCAAGGAUUCCACGGUGGUGUGCAAGAAGCGGUGCUCUCAGCCAGGGAGUUGCCACGGCGACCAGUGCUGCGAGGAGUGUCUGUCCUACGUGAAGGUGGAGGAGGUGAAGUACUGCAGAGUCCGGAACAAGAUCUACAGGGAAGGAGAUAUGUGGUCGUCAGUGAACUGCACUCUCUGUGCCUGUGUUAAAGGAAACAUCGAGUGUCGGCCCAAACAGUGUGUACCAAUCACCAGCUGCCCCUCGAACAAGAUCUUGAACAGGACCGGCUGCUGUCCAGUUUGCACUGAAAAGCCGGGUGUAUGUACAGUGUUUGGCGACCCUCACUACAACACCUUCGACGGCAGGACCUUUAACUUUCAGGGAACCUGUCAGUACGUACUGACACGGGACUGUGGCAGCGUUCCCUCUGGAGGACCGGGAAAUAACAUCAACAGCCCAGACUCCAGCUUCAUGGUGCUGGUGAGGAACGACGCCCGGCGGACUCGUUCCUUCUCCUGGACUCAGUCUGUUGAGGUGAGACUGGGAGGUUUGAUCCUCGGCCUCCACCAGCACCUGACGGUCCGGAGGAACGGCACCCGCAUCGCCCUGCCCUACCACGGCCCCGGGGUGCACAUCGACCUGGACGGAUACCUGCUCAAACUCACCACCAUCGCAGGUCUGGAGAUCACGUGGGACGGGGACAGUUUCGUGGAGGUUGUGGCUGCCCCCCACCUGCGAGGACGUCUCUGCGGCCUCUGCGGCAACUACAAUGGCCACAAGCGCGACGACACCAUGGGAGGCGACGGCCAGUUCAAGUUCGACGUGGACGAGUUUGCCGAGUCGUGGCGAGUCGAGGGAAACGAGCUAUGCUCCCAGCAGCACCCGCCUCGCCGGCCAACCUCCUUCCUGUGCCCUGGCAGCGUCAAAGUCAAGUUCCGCGCCCACCGGGAGUGCCAGAAGAUAAAGUCGUGGGAGUUUCAGAAGUGCCACCGUGUGGUUGACUUCGCCCCUUUCUACAGGUCGUGUGUGACGGACAUGUGUGAGUGUCCGGUCCAUAAAAACUGCUACUGUGAGUCCUUCAUCGCCUACAGCCGAGCCUGCGAGAGGGAGGGAGUGCCCGUCCUCUGGAAGGCCGACACCGCCUGCAUGGCCACCCAGUGUAAACACGGCGCUGUGUACGACACCUGCGGCCCGGGCUGCACCAAAACCUGCGACAACUGGAACGAGAUCGGACCGUGCCACAAGCCCUGCGUGGCCGGCUGCCACUGCCCCGCCAACCUGGUGCUGUUCCAGGGACGCUGCAUCAAACCCACGGCCUGCCCCGGACGGUGACCCUUGUGACCCAGGUGGGAGGGAAGGGUGGCGGGGGGAAGGGGGGGGAGGUGGCUAGGUCAGAGACGGUCAUUUAUAAUAUCAGAAUAAGGGGCCCAAAGAAGCCGGGAAGAGUUUGGUAGGACACAAAAAGGGUCUAAAAAAAAAGUCGACAGAUCAGAUGCGACAAGGUACUCACGGUCCAUAGGUAUCUGAUGUAGAAGCACACGCUACGGCAAUGGGAGGAUGAUCCGUGCCACCACAUUCAGCCUCGGACUUCCUUGUGCCUCUUGUAAUAAACACGUGCUGUCACGAUACCAGUCACCGCCACCGGAGGCGCUAAUUUCAAACUUGUGGAUGAAGAACUGAACUCCCGAGAAUAAAUUUAGGGAGCCUAUUUUGGAGAUUUUACCGUCUCCACCCUCCUGAGGAACGUUUGCCCACGCUGCCAUGGACCCUCUGGAAACUAUUUGGGCCAGUGGACUCCUGCUUGAGCCAACAUGGCGCCCAAAUGUCUCUCCCAAACACCCUGAAGUGGGAAACUGAGCAUCUGCGUUUGGAAUAAGGAGAUUCAAAGCGGAGAAACCCUCUGAUGCAUCGUGUCAAAAGUGCCCUCGUAAUCUCUGUUCAAUCAUUUCAUACUGUAAGCUAGCCAGAUUUAUAUGAAAGACAGACAGCUUUUAUAUUAUUAUUGUUCUAAUUAUUAUAAUAAUUAUUAUUAUUUGUUGUUGAUGUUAAUUUAUAUAUCGGUCAAAUGACAUGUCGUAGCAAGAGCCAGAAUCAUGAACAUAAUUGCGUUAUGAAUGAUUUAAAGGGAAACAAAAGCUAUUUAUGUAUUUGUUGUGUUACUGUUUGAAGAGAAAUGCCCAAAUGUGACUCAGUUGUUGCACCAUCGCAGGGAAAAAGUACUGUAUUGUAAUAUGCUCCGUGUACAGGUUGUUGUGGUCCGUAUCAAACUGAAGGUGUUCAUCUAAGCAUAUGUUUCACUUGACGAUAAUUAUUUAAGACCAGCAAUAUAAUCUUUUAUCGAAGUUCA